GCCUGUAUUGCUGACUGUGUAUCUUCUUCUUUCGCCUGGUCUUCAUCUUUCUCUUUCGUUCCUCCCACCACGACCCUUUUCCUACUUUAUCCGCGUUUACUUUUCUUUUAUCACCCACAACUGCAACCGCGUUUUCCAAGGACUUUUCCGUCAUAUCACUAUCAACAUGUCCCCCUCUCUAGUCUCUCCCGCUUCUCAAUCUCCUCAAUCCUUUGAAGUCUAUUCCUCUUCCUCCUCCAUUCCUCGAAUGCCGCAUUUUCAAAUCCCUAGUCUCAUACAAUUCCUCGAAUUUUCGCAACCUUAAUCCUUAAUUUACUAGUAAUUAGUUAAUUAUGGCUGAGAACGGUGAGGAGAAACUAUUGGCUGUGGCGAGGCACAUUGCGAAGACGCUGGGCCACAACGAGACCAUGGCGGACGAUAUUUUGCAGAUCUUCUCCAACUUCGACGGCAGGUUUUCUCGCGAAAAGCUCUCCGAGAAGAACGGGGUUGACGAGGACGAUCCCAGAGGCUGCGCCGCGCUUGACCACAGUCUCAAGUCGCUGGACCGUCAGAUCUCCCAGUUCGUGGCGGCCGACAGCCCGAUCUGGGCGGACUCUGCCGAUUCCGCGGCCUUCCUCGACGCCGUUGAUGAGUUGAUCGCUACUAUCAGGGAGUGGAGCCCCAUGGCCAGGGACAAGACCGUUGGCGCGUUGCUAGCACGCGCAGAGGAUCUGAUGCAGCAGGCUAUGUUCCGCGUCGAGGAGGAGUUCAGGUCCUUGAUGGAGCGCGGUGGCGAGUCGUAUGAGCUGAGUCGCGAGUCAGUGGGAAAUCUCUCCUUCGACUCGGAGGACGAAGACGAAGAAGGAGAGGACCACGAAAUCCCCGUAGCACAGCCAGUUACCGAUUACGACGUCGUGAUCGACGCGCUUCCCUCCGGCACGAUCAACGAUCUCCACGAGAUAGCGAAGCGCAUGGUGGCCGCGGGGUUCGGCAAGGAGUGCUCGCACGUGUACAGCAACUGCAGGCGCGAGUUCCUGGAGGAGAGCCUGUCCAGGCUAGGGUUACAGAAGCUGAGCAAUGAUGAGGUCCUCAAGAUGCCAUGGUCGGACCUCGAGGAGGAGAUCGAACGGUGGGUCAAGGCAUCGAACGUCGCGCUCCGGAUCCUCUUCCCCAGCGAGCGCCGCCUCUGCGACCGCGUCUUCUUCGGCCUCUCCUCCGCCGCCGACCUCUCCUUCAUGGAGGUCUGUCGAGGAUCGACGAUUCAGCUCCUGAAUUUUGCCGAUGCCGUCUCCAUCGGGAGCCGGUCGCCGGAGCGGCUGUUCAAAGUUCUUGACGUGUUCGAGGCUCUAAGAGACCUAAUUCCCGAGUUCGAUGCUGUGUUCUCGGAUCAGUACUGUUUGGUUCUUAGGAACGAAGCUGUAACGAUUUGGAAGAGGUUAGGAGAAGCGAUCAGAGGCAUUUUGAUGGAAUUGGAGAAUCUGAUCCGUCGGGACCCCGCGAAAGCUCCGGUUCCUGGCGGCGGGCUCCACCCGAUGACCCGCUAUGUGAUGAAUUAUCUCCGAGCCGCCUGCCGAUCGCGCCAAUCUCUCGAGCAAGUUUUCGACGAGAAUGUGGUUCCGCCUUUGAAGCUUGGCGAUGAUCGAGGAGGAUCAUCGACGUCAUUGUCGGUUCAGAUGGCUUGGAUUAUGGAGCUAUUUGAGAGUAACUUGGAGGCGAAGGCGAAGAUUUACAAGGACCCUGCUUUGUCCUCUGUUUUCAUGAUGAACAAUGGGAGGUAUAUAGGCCAAAAGGUCAAGGAUAGCGAGCUUGCCUCACUCUUAGGUGAGGAUUGGAUUCGAAAACACACCGCAAGAAUCCGGCAAUGGCAUGCGAGUUUCCAGAGAAGCUCGUGGAAUAAGGUUCUAGCAGUGUUGAAGCUAGACAAUAACUCGUUAGCUCCUAAUGUUGCUGCAAAAACCAUGAAAGACAAGAUUAAGUUGUUCAACACAUGCUUUGAGGAGAUUUGUGAGGCUCAAUCUAGUUGGGUAGCUUACAAUGAUCAGAUGAGGGAGGACUUGAGGAUAUCGAUAAUGAAGCUCUUGUUGCCGGCUUACCGGAACUUCAUUGGAAGGUUGCGAAAUGUUCCAGACUUGGGGAAGCAUGUGGAGAGGCAUAUUAAGUAUGGUGCGGAGGAAAUCGAGGCUCGGAUUAAUGGCCUGUUUCAGGGAAAUGCUGGAUUUGCCGGCCACCGGAAGUGAAGGUAAGAUGCUGCCGAUAGUUGAUAGUUGUUGUAUGUAUGUAUAAAUUUUUACGAAUCUUUAUGUUUUAAAAAAUGCAGUUUGAAUGAUUUCUGGCCCUGUACUAGAAGUUUGUAGUAUCAUUAGUGAAUGAAAAUCAUGAAUGGAAAAGUCAGUGUGUUUUUUUGAUAAGUAAGUGUUCUAAAUUGUAUAUCGGAUACUGCUCUGAUUGGAAAAGUCAGUUUAAACACUUGCUGGAUGCUAUUAGAUUUGGAAAAUUGCUGUUUGAAUUACUAUAUUGGAUUCGAUUCCUUACUUA